CCCCAACUUCCGUGUUACCAGCCUUGUCUCGGCGCCUCAUUGAUAAUCACCAAUUCUGCCUAAAGGACUGAGGAAAAGAGCCUGCAAAAGGGCAAGAAUAUCUCAGCAUGGGCAUAAGUAGCUUGAAAUUGCUGAAGUAUGUCCUGUUUUUCUUCAAUUUGAUCUUCUGGCUCUGUGGCUGUUGCAUUUUGGGCUUUGGGAUCUACCUCCUGAUCCAUAACAACUUUGGAGUGCUCUUCCAUAACCUCCCCUCUCUCACGCUGGGCAAUGUGCUUGUCAUCGUGGGUUCCAUUAUCAUGGUGGUUGCCUUCCUGGGCUGCAUGGGAUCCAUCAAGGAGAAUAAGUGCCUGCUUAUGUCGUUCUUUGUCCUGCUGCUGAUUAUCCUCCUUGCUGAGGUGACCUUGGCCAUCCUGCUCUUCGUGUAUGAACAGAAGCUGAAUGACUAUGUGGCUGAGGGUCUGACUGACAGCAUCCAGAAAUAUUACUCAGACAACAGCACCAAGGCGGCAUGGGACUCCAUCCAGUCAUUUCUGCAAUGUUGUGGUGUAAAUGGCACAAGUGAUUGGAUGGGCAGCCCACCAGCAUCUUGCCCCUCAGACCCACAAGUUAAGGGUUGCUAUGUAAAAGCAAAACUGUGGUUUCACUCCAAUUUCCUGUAUAUCGGAAUCAUCACUAUCUGUGUAUGUGUAAUCCAGGUAUUGGGGAUGUCCUUUGCACUGACGUUGAACUGCCAGAUUGACAAAACCAGCCAGGUCCUAGGAUUAUGACCUGUGGCUGCCUUGUACUGGAAAGACUUGUUUCAUCACUGGAAAUCCAAAACCACUUGUAACAUGAAGCUCUAAAUGACCAACUCCUGAACUGGUGUCUUUGUCCCCCUCCCACCUCUUCCCUGUUGAGUCCCUGUCUCAUACAACCAGAGAAGAGGGUGUUGGUCAGGCACUUCGCAUCUCAGAUAGCAAGACAAUCCUUUAUCAUUCAUGGCAGCAGCCUUGUCACUCAUUAAUAACUGAACAUUUGUCAGACAUGAAAGUCCAAGAGAACCUGUGGUACUAAUGGCUCAAGAUCAAAGGAUGGGUCUGCAGCUUGGGUUUUUGCAUCUUCCCAUUGUCAAACAAGUCUCUGGCCUCUAAAUCAUGCCCAGUCCACUCUCCAAAGUCAACCAAGAGAUAAGCUUAAGGGAGCUCUGGGGCCAGGUUCAUUGGAUCAUUGUCACAAUCCUGUUUCCUUUUGACUGGGGGCCUUGGCUACAGGAAUGACAGAGUACCCUUUCUCCAAAGGUUAGGUUUCAUUUCAAUUUCUUUAUUAAAGGGUCUUAUUGAUUCAUCUAAGUCUUUCCAAAAUAAACUAUCCAAUGACUCACACCCUGAUUUCAGCCAAUCUCUUAGCCUUUGAUUUACAUAACUAUGAAGGAAUUCAGCAGGAUAGGUAUUUCUGGUGGUUUAGGUAAUAAUUACAUUCAAAAGAGUUCUGGUGUUAUUUCUCUUUCAGAUAAGGUUUUGUUAAUGUACUGUUUUAAUUCUUCAAUAAAUAAAAUAGCUUAUGCUCUGUCAAUCA